AUGCGGUUGGCGGAAGAAGCACGGCUGGCAGAAGAAGCGCGGGUGGCGGAAGAAGCGCGGGUGGCAGAAGAAGCGCGGGUGGCGGAAGAAGCGCGGGUGGCGGAAGAAGCGCGGGUGGCGGAAGAAGCGCGGGUGGCGGAAGAAGCCAAGCUGCGUUCAGAGAGGGAG